AUGCGUUCAAACAAGACUCCAUCCCACAGCUACCUAACAAUGCAUCGUCUACGUCUAGGCCAAGAACAGCUUUCCAAGGAGGAGAUCCGGGCCGGUGAGAUUGAGGCCAGCCAGACCGUCCAGAUGGCUGUCUUCGGCGGCAUCCUCCUCUACCUCUCCCCCUUCGCCAUCGACUUCGCCCGCAAGUUUCUCUAA